UUAAAAUCAUCAGUCUUAAAAGAAAACUCCAGUUUAAUCCAGUCAACAGCGUCAAUCCCUUCAAAACGAGUCUCGAAUUAUUCUUCACCCAGUUCUUCAUUUUUUAUUUCUCUGACGAUCCCCUCGAACAAUCGGAGCAGAUUUUUUCUCAUUGAAAGGAAUAGCGGCAGUGAGAAGAGGUCAAGGGGACGUGGAACUCCUGACUUUUCAUUGUCCACUGCCUUAUUUUAUUUAUUUACAUUUAUGCGUUACAUCAGGAAGACGAGCAAAAUCAUUCAGAUCCAGUUUCGCACGUUUUUGUUGCCCUCCGUCGACUAGUGAAAUUCGAUAAUUAACGAUUUAGUUAAAACCGCUAAUUGUUUGAUAAAUAUUAGUAAUCGUAGGAUUUCCUGGCGACUGACGGAUAAUUAAGCUUUCUUCGAAGAUGAGGCCACGACUUCUAAUCCUCUUCCUGGCGCUGUCGACGUCCUCCGCGGAGCAGCGGACGGCCGAGGAAGAGUGUAAGGCUGAGCAUCCUGCCCUCCUCCACUUCUUCUCGUGGAUCGAUUACUCGGUUCUGGCAGUGAUGCUCCUGGUGUCGUGCCUCAUCGGCACCUUCUACGCAUUUUGCAGUAAAAAACAGGAGACGAGCCAGGAUUUCCUGCUGGGAGGGUCGAGUAUGGGGACUCUACCCAUGGCGAUGUCUCUAGCUGCCAGCUUCAUCACUGCCAUUGAGUUGCUGGGGAAUCCAGCUGAAAUGUAUGCGCAGGGCACACAAUUCUGGAUGACAUGUUUCGCAUUUAUCCUGGUAAUCCCCAUAACAUCGCGUCUGUACCUCCCGGUGUACAUGAAAUUGCGAUUGACAUCGAGUUACGAGUACCUGAAUUUGAGAUUCCACCGGCAUUGUAGACUCCUGGCGAGUGGUCUCUACAUGUUACAAAUGAUUUUGUAUACCUCGGUGGCUGUUUAUGCACCGGCGUUAGCUCUGAGUCACGUCACUGGACUCAACACUUACGUCGCCGUAUCUCUAGUCUACGUAGUCUGCAUUUUUUACGCAUCCCAGGGUGGCAUGAAGGCAGUGAUCAUGACGGACACCUUCCAGGCAGUGGUACUACUGCUCUCGUUGUUUGUGAUCGUCGCCCUGGGGAUGAUGAAGGCUGGCGGUAUAUCCUCGGUGUGGAGGGACAGUGCGGAGACUGAGAGGAUUGAGUUAUUCAUCAUGGAUUUCAAUCCAACUGUUCGACACAGUUUCUGGAGUGUCGUGGUCGGGGGGACCUUCUACUGGGCCACGAUGUUCUGCAGUAAUCAGGCAUCUGUGCAGAAGUACCUGAGUGUACAGUCCAUAGGGCAAGUCAGAACAGCCCUGUGGGUCUCCGCCCUGAGUCUAAUCCUCAUCUACACCAUCAACUUUCUCACCGGAAUGGUCCUCUUCACCGCGCACAAGACGUGCGAUCCCCUGAGGGCGUCCCACAUCUCAGGAAUGGAUCAACUUCUCCCCCUUUACGUCAUGAAUUUCAUGGGAGAGUAUCCCGGUGUGCCAGGUCUCUUCGUCGCUGGCAUCUUUGCAGCUUCCCUCGGCACUGUUGCAAGUGCUCUCAACUCCCUGGCGGCUCUCACCUGCGAAGACAUUCUCCAGGGGCUAUUUCACUUUCAAGUGCCUGCGAGCAAGGGGGCUGCAUACGCCAGGUGGAUCAGCAUCUUCUUCGGAGCUCUCAGCUUUGCUUUUGUCUUCGUCGUCGAACGUCUCGGUAGCGUUCUCCAGGUUGCUCUAUCCUUCAACGGAAUGGUCGGAGGCAUAACAUUGGGCAUGUUCACCCUGGGAAUGUUCAUUCCCUGGUCGAAUGCCAAGGGAACAAUCACAGGAGCUCUGACAGCCCUCGCCCUCGUCCUCUGGAUCUGUCUGGGAGCUCAGGUAGCCGUUAUCAAUGGAGAAAUCGAGGCAACCACCAAGAUAACGUCCAUCGAGUCCUGCUUCUGCCUCAACGAGACAUUACCUCUCCUGCCAGUGGACGCCCCAGUCAUCCCCGAGGUCUCCCCCCUCUACAGGAUCAGCUACUUGUGGUACAGUGCCAUCGGCUGUAUCGUCACAGUCCUCGUGGGGACCAUCGUCAGCUUCAUCACGGGUCCCCAAAAUCCAGCUGAUCUGGAUUACGACCUGCUGAGUCCACCCAUCAGGUAUCUGAUGAGAGACUCUCCGAAGAAAUCGCCCAACAACAUCGCUGGGAUUACAAAUUACGCAUUAGAAAUGGAAGAUGAGAAAGUCACGAGUGACAUUAGUAAAAGUCCAAAGGAAAAAUUUUAAUUGAAAAUUUUGUCUUGUGUGGAGAUUAUUCUGUUGACGGUUUUAACAAUAAAUUUCGAUCAAGUUUCUCUUGAAAAUAAAAAGACAGUCAAUUAGAUUUUCAAGACAUUUGGAAUUAUAAAAAAGCCGUCAAAUUUUCUCCAUCUAAUUUUCGUAUCUCACACUCCCUCACACGUCAAUAGAAUUUUUCCAUGCACGCGGGAUGAACUGUCCUCAGGGUCUGAAGUUCACGACUGAACAUAAUCAAAAGAUCUAAAGGUUGAAUAUGAUAUCUAGUUCAUUAAUGUGUACUACCAAUUGUAUUGUCUAGAUCGAUUAAGUGUUGUUGUUUCAGUGGGUUCGAGGCUCACAUUUGCGGCCAGUAGUUAAAUAUCUAACGACGUAAAUUUAAUUUAUAAGCUAUUGUUAUUGCACACGGCAUAGUAUUUUGGCCGGGUACUUAUGUCCCAUUAAUUGUACAUAUUUAUGACUUUAGUUUUACGCAGAUAAUUUUGUAUUCCAACUGAUCCAUUUGAUCGAUUGAUGAUGAUGAAAUAAUAACUGAAGAUAUUCAAAA